AUGGCUCUUCAUCAGGCCAAGUCGGAGAAACUUAUCUUCGCACCUGCCGGCUCCGCGCAAAACACCCGCGCCGACCAGUUCACCCAACAUGAAGGCACAGGCGGCCUCCACCGCCGCGACCUGGACCCCCACAGCCCCAUCACCCAGUUCCACGCCUGGUUCGCCGCCGCCCAGUCCAGCACUUCCCCAUCAUCAUCAUCAUCAUCAUCAUCAUCAUCAAAGACCACCCCCGCUAUCCCCCACCCUGAAACCUGCACCCUGUCCACAGCCCAACUCCCCUCGGGCCGCGUGAGCGCCCGCAUAGUCUACAUGAAGGAACUCGACCCCCGCGGCUUCGUCAUCUACUCCAACUUCGGCACGAGCGGCAAGGCGCGCGACCUGGCCUCUGGGAACCCCUGGGCGGCACUGACGUUCUGGUGGGAGGCGCAGGAGCGGCAGGUCCGGGUCGAAGGGCGGGCGGAGCGGCUGGAGCGGGCAGAGAGCCAAAAGUAUUUCGAUACGAGGGUCAGGGGAAGUCGGGUCGGGGCUUGGGCGAGCCGGCAGAGCGCGGUGUUGCGGCCGCGGGAGGGACAGGGGAAGGAGCAUGGCAGCGAUGAUGAUGAUGGGCGGGAGAUGCUUCACGACUGGGUUAGGGAGGCGGAGAAGAAGUUUGAGGGGACAGAGGAGAUCCCCGUGCCCGAGUUCUGGGGUGGCCUGCGCAUCAUCCCUGAGAGGGUCGAGUUCUGGCAAGGGAGGGAGAACAGACUACACGACCGGUUCGUUUACGACCGCGUGGAGGGAAGUGAUACCUGGACCUUGGAGAGGUUGAGCCCGUAA